AAGGCAAGAUGGCGGACGGUGAAGCAGUAAUAAACCUCAAGAAACUGAAGGUAGCUGAGCUAAAAAAGGAGCUUGCAGAUCGCGGUCUCUCCACGAAGGGCAACAAAAGCGAUUUGCAAGAACGGUUAGAAAAAUGUCUGGCUGAUCAAGGUAUGGUGGUCAGCCAAGAUGAAAGUGAUGACAUUGUUGAUGAAAAUGAUCCUGAUGAUGACCUAGACAAUGAUGCUGAUGACUUGGAUGACGUAGAUGUAGGAGAUGUUUCAGAACACCUUGAGGCUGAAGACUUGGACACAAAAGACACAGAAGAAGAUAAAGAAGUUACCCAGGAAGUUACAGCAGAUGAAAAAAAGACACAAAAAGUUAUUUCAGUCGAAAGGGUGCCCAUUACACCUCCUGGAAAAGUUGCUGGUCAAGUGACAUUAACUGAUGCAGAGAAAAAGUCAAAGAGAUUAGAAAGAUUUGGUAUGUCUCCACCGGUGACAGAUGUUGAGAAGAAACAAGCCAGAGCUCAGAGAUUUGGUUUUUCUAGCCCUGCCAGUAAUGGAACUGCCAAGAGUUCACCAAUUGUUGGGGGAAAGGAAGUAGAUGUUGAUAAGCUAAAGAAAAGAGCUGAAAGAUUUGGUGCAGUCUCUCCUGCUAUAACCAAGCUUGAAGAAAAUGAUAAAUUGCUGAAGAGAAAACAACGGUUUGGUGUAACUAUUACAGGAUCUCCAGGAAACAUCUCAGAUGCUAAGAAGAAGAGAGCUGAAAGAUUUGGGCUCUGAGGCAAACUUUUUAAGCAAGUGCUUGCAGUUGAGACAAGAACUGCAACAAAGAAGGAAUGACACAGUUACAUUUUUGAUAUGAUUAUCCAGUGGGUUAGUUUUGAAUACUACUGCUUGUAUAUUAAAAAGGAGGCCAGAAAAGCAGUGGACACUCAUAAACAGCUCCAGGCUCUGUCAAGUUCUGUUUAAUGAAUGGCAGCUGCUGCAAUAAUUAAGCUGCAAUCUUCUGUCUUGUAAAUUUGGCCCAUGUAGAUGGUCUUGAUGACAUUACAAACACCUUAUCUGUGAAAAUGGCUCAUAGAGAUUUGCAACAGUAAGGCUGCAUCACUGGAUGAUUAACUCAAAUUGGAAGGUAACAUAUUUGGGUCAGUUAUUUUAAAAACAGGGAUUAAUUUUGGUUCUGAUAACUACUAAGGCUGUUUAUUUCAUUAUAUAUACUCUUCUUCAUAACCGUUACCUCUUUGGACCCGAAAAUUUGUGCCUUUAACUGUUUGAAUUCUGCAUUUUGACUUCCUGUUUUUUUUUAAUUUUUAAUUUUUUUUUUGCAAUAAAAUUGCAGCUUCUUUUCUUCAGAUUGACAA